AUCGGCAUGAUAAAAUACUGCAACUUUGCAGUUCCCCAAAACCUCUCUUGGUCUGGUUUGCUUGCUGAGGGACAACAAGUGCAUCCAUGGCAGUUUCUUUUUCCCUCUCCUCUCUCCUAUAUAAUCCACCUUCCACAAUCCACUCCACGUUAUUCGAUCUCUCCAUUAUCCAUCACUCUCAUCCAAACAUAACCUCUCCUUCCUUUUGAAGGAUCCUUCUUACUCACCAAAGCCACUGCAUUUCUUUACCUCUUCAUCUUCCUUUUGCUCCUUGUUUUUUUUUCCUUCUGUUCAAUUGUCUUUCUGUCGAUCGAGAAAAUGAUCCAAGGGUUAUUAGGCGGAGUCGUGGAGGAGAGGAAGACGAUCUCGCACCUCAUCGACCACUCCCCUACCUCCUCCAACAUCUCCUCCCCUUCUUCCUCGCUCACGUCGGCGGCCGCCGCCGGAGAUCAGCAGCAGCAGCAGCAGCAGAAUCUGCGGUGCCCGCGGUGCGACUCCACGAACACCAAGUUCUGCUACUACAACAACUACAACCUCACCCAGCCGCGCCACUUCUGCAAGACCUGCCGGCGCUACUGGACCAAGGGCGGCGCCCUCCGCAACGUCCCCAUCGGCGGCGGAUGCCGCAAGACCAAGGUAGUCCCCGCCAUCGCCGCCGCCGUCUGCAGCCCUAAGCCUGCGCCCAACAAGGCCAAGCCGCCGGCCGCCGGCUCCGACCUCCUUCUGAGAUCCGGUUUAGGCGGCGCCGGCGGGCUAGAGAGCGAUCUCUCCGCCGCCGGCCCGUUGCUGUGGGCUUCGCCGCACACUUCCCAUCUGAUGAGCCUGUUGAGGUCCGGCGCCGGCAUGCAGAUCUCCGGCACGCACUGCGGCCUCAACCUCGGCUCGCCGGCGGCCAGACCGAAGGAGGACCGCUCCUUGCUCUGUUCAAACACGGCGGCCGAUCUAAAUGCCCAUGCCCUGAGCUUGGAUCCCCUGAACCAGCUCGGUUUGGGCGCCUCUCUGUGGAAAAACCACCACCACCACAACAGCAUCAACCACAACUACUACCACCAACCGCAGUCACGGCAGCUGCCGCAGCAAAAUGGCAACCACCUGCAGGCUAUAAGCGACAUGCCGAGCUCUGAAAUCCAAGACCUGUACCAAAAGUUCAAAUCCUCAACCAACUACUACAACGAGCCGCUGCAAACGGUGAUCGGCAACGCCAACGCCGGAUUUGAGCAUUCCUCUUGCAACGGUUCCACCGCCCCGAGUUCCAUGUUUUCGAAUUCCGCCAUUGCCGCCGCAGCUUCUGCGACGGCGACCAUCUUAGAGCCAAUCCCACAGCUCUCUGCUGCAGCCGAAUUCGGUUACUGGAACAACAACCCCGCACUGGCGGCAUGGUCCGAUCUCCCAACCCCGAAUGGUGCGUUCCAUUAAUGAUCAGGAAAAGUUAGGACUCACUUUUGUUCUGUUGUAGUAAUUUGUGUUUAGGCUUCUUAAUGUCGUCGUUUGUUCAUGCUGGUGAACUGAGAUGAUAUCUUCAGUCAAAUUAUAGAUAUGGGAAAUGUGAUGGACGUACUGUUAGGUUUCUCUUUUUUAAUCAUUGUUGUGUUUUUAA